CGGCGGUUGCAUCAUCAGGGCGGACGGAGUUGUCCAGAUGAUGACAUCGCCAAGUACUGUAUGGAUGGAAGCUACGCCUCGUUAAGGUACAACAAGACACCCACCAGACACCCUUUGUAAUGUCACUUUCUCAGCCGCUGUUCUUGUGAACGAGACAGGGAAUCAUCAACCCCCCAAGAUCAACGUUCGUCCAUCAAAACAAUACGCUUUCUCAAGAUGGUUUCACUCGUUGCCCGCCUUUGUCGGUUCUACCUAGUAUGGAUCCGCCGCGCCCAGACACAAUUCUUAACCGCACGCAACAUGCGAGAGCACAUCCAAGCCCAGUAUAUCCGCCCACAGAGCUUCUCACCUCCCAAGAACCUCGGCCCCGACAUCAGCAUUGAGCGUGUUGAUGUACACGACUGGCCUCUGUACCGCAUUCCAUCGUCGCCAUUCUCACCGAAAGUGGGAGAUCAGCCCAACCGCCCUGCGAUGUUGUACUGCCACGGCGGCGCCUGGGUCAAUGAAAUCGUGACUCAGCAUUAUAACCUUGUGGCGCAGAUCGCUAGGGACACCGGGCUUGACGUGCUCGUCCCAAUCUACCCUCUUAUCCCUCGACCCGCGGCCACUGCCGUGCAAGUCAUCACGGGGCUGCACGAGAUCAUGAACCGAGUCAAGCAGCCCAUCGUGAGCAUCGGUGGUGACUCGGCGGGAGGCAAUCUGGCAAUGUUGCUCGCGCAGCAUCUCGUUCGCGAGAAAUCGGAUCUCAUAUCAAGAGUCAGGUCCCUAGUUCUGAUCUCGCCUGCGUUGGAUUGUACCCUGAGCCACCCUGAGACCAAAAGACUCGGAGUCAACGACCCAUGGCUCAGCCAUGGCGGUUUGCACGUGGUCACGGAUAUGUGGAGUGGAGGUUUGGAACGUUCGGACCCCAGGGUCAGUCCGAUCUUUGGCGAUAUCGCAGACUUACCUCCACUCUUACUGCUGUCGGGAACACACGACUUGCUCUGCGCCGAUGCAAGGCGUCUCAGUGCUCGGUUCCGCAAUGAUAGUACAUCUACCCAUACGGAUGACUGGGUAGCCGGGAGUGUUGAGCUGGACAAAUUCAAGUAUGUGGAGGUAGAGGAGAUGAUUCACGUAUGGCCGCUUAUACCGUCACCGGAGGGCGCAGAAGGGCGAAAGACAAUAGUAGGAUUCAUAAGGAAGUAUUUGUAAGUAGGUUGUAGUGGAAAAUCAAGUAUAUACCAUUUAUUAGUUAAGGUGACAGUAAAUCUAGUGCUGCAGUACUCCCCCAUGACGGCUACAGUCCAGAGG